AUGGAUCCGCAGCCGCCAAAGCCGCCGAAAAGGAAGAAUGAUCGAAUUAUCCUCCAAUUUGACUACGACUGCUUCUACGCAUCCGUCUUCGAGAACCAGAAUCCAGCCCUUAAGACCUUGCCAAUCGGCGUCAAGCAAAAGGGCAUCUUGGCGACAUGCAACUACGUCGCACGAGGCCGUGGAGUUGCCAAGCUUUCUCAAAUCUCCGCCGCCAAGAAGGUGUGUCCUGAUAUCGUCAUCAUCGAUGGCGAGGACUUGACCCCGUUUCGGGAUGUGAGCAAGAAGCUAUAUGCCAUGCUUAGAUCUCACUCUUGGAAUGGAAAGGUGGAGAAGCUUGGUCUCGACGAGGUCUUUAUGGAUGUGACGGACAUUAUCGACUACAACAUGUUUUGUCUAAACCGCGCAUCGCUUUCGUCAACCUUUUUCUUCCUUUCCAAGAAUGAUCCCGAAAAGGGCUUCAUAUGUGACCUAACCAGGUUCGCGGGCUGCGUUGAGCGCUUCACGGAUGACCCCAUAGACAUGAGCGAUCCCCUCAGUGUGAGACUCUUACUCGGUUCUCAUCUGGCAUAUUACCUCAGGAUGAAGCUGGAGAACGACUUUGGCUUCACGUCUACUUGCGGCAUCUCCACGAACAAGGUCCUUAGUAAGAUGGCGGGGAACAGGAACAAACCCAGAAACCAAACUACUCUCCUUGCUCUCAGAGAAGAAGACGUCACCGCUUUCGUAGACCGUCACGUUCUCCGCCAGGUACCUUAUAUCGGCUUCAAGGCCGCAAGAGCUCUCGUUAUGAAGCUAAGACCAGAUUUACCUCCUCCCGAGCCCAUGUCGCACGACUGUCCCUUGACGGCCGGCGAAGUCCGCUUUUAUCCGGGGAUGUCACCGGCUCUGCUUGAAAGCAUACUUGGAGGCCCUGGAGCCGAAAGGGGAACCGGGGAUAGAGUGUGGGGCCUGCUCCACGGCGUGGAUGACACCGAAGUGAAGAGCGCAAGCGACAUUCCAACACAGAUUAGCAUCGAAGACACCUACAGACAACCCCUUGAUAACCUAGACACCAUCACCAAAGAGCUCCACAAGAUUUCCAAAUCUCUACUCCGCCGGAUGCGGGUAGAUCUCAUGGCCGACGAUACUAAUCCCCAUAGACUAUCAACACGGAGAUGGAUUGCCCGCCCGAGGACGUUACGACUCUCGAUAAAUGCUCCGAUAACGGCCGACCAGUCCUAUUUCUCGCGCAUCUCCCGCUCUGGACCGCUGCCGGCAUUCGCUUUCGGGAUAAAGGAAGACCUGGACGAGUUGACCCGCCGCCUCGUCUCCGAGGCUGUCCUGCCAUUGCUCAAGAAGUUCCCAACUGGAAGGGACCAUAGGUGGGAAAUUAUGCUUUUGAACAUCUGUGCGGCCAAUAUGGUCUUGACCGGUAGCGAUGACGGUGCCGGGAUAGGGAGGGAUAUCUCGGUUAUGUUCAAGACGCAAGAUGAAGUAUUACGGCCCUUCAGGAUCCAAUCGUCGCCGAAAGAAGUGCAGGGGAAACCACCCCCUACUAGCGACGAUUAUGAUGAGAUGGAGGAGGAUUGGGAGGCCGUGGGCGAUGAUUUUAGCGGCUAUGAGAUAUGGGACUAG